CGAACUCGAAGCAGGAGAAUAGAUUUUCCGAAGCAUACUAUGGUUGGUUCAGUCUGGAAGCCGACUGCCAACCUCUAUCUACACUUUCAUAUAUGGGGCCUUCAUUUAUUACCUGAUGCAGUCAAUCGACCGCUUGACUCGUUUAGCUCUGUCCACGAUAUCGUCACCGCCUCCAGAUGACCCGAUCUGCGAGUGCUUCGAUGGUGACUCCGAGAAGCUCGUUUUCGCUCUCCUCCAAGACACCGACAAUGCUCUCGCCCUCGCGGACACUAAACUACGCGUGUUCCCAUUUAAAGACGUGAAGGCCUGCUGGAGACGGCUCUAUACAGACACUAGCAUCGUAAAAGUAUGCAACGCAAUCAGAAAACACCAAGGCUACAACGACAACGGCGAGGUCUAUGGCUGUAAACUGGUGGCGCAACAGCAGCAAAAAGUUGACCACCAGACCUCGAAAAACGGACAUGCACAUAAGCAAGAUGUGAUUAGCGAUUACAGGAGGAUUAGUUCAGAUGCGCCAUGGCUGUCACCGGCCAUACAUACUCUUGACAGAGCACUGAUCAUGACCGGCGCUCCGCGCAGAGAAUCACUCAUUGAAUCGCUUAUAACAUGCCUACAAGACCUGACUGAUUCUCAUCCAUCGACCAGGCCAUUCGCACUCUUCUUUAACAAACCCGAUCAGUUCGAGGGCCACACUGAACUUGAGCAAAAUGAGCAACCUCCACCCCUAAAACGUAGAAGACUAAUAACUCCGCCUCUCUUUCCCCCGGAUACAGCCCCCGCUCCGAAGCUAGGACGGCCAAUUCGUCGCCUCUCCGCCCCAUCCCUCGAACGGUUCACAGAGCAUAUGAAUAACAUCCGCGUACCACUAGUCAUCACGGAUGCAGUGAAUCACUGGCCUGCACUCUCGACACGACCCUGGUCAUCCCUCGACUACUGGGCCCAACGGACGUAUGAUGGCCGGAGACUGGUCCCUGUGGAGGUGGGUCGGUCCUAUACAGACGAAGGAUGGGGGCAGCGUAUCAUGCCGUUCGGAGAGUUUGUGCGAGAUUACAUAUGGAGGACGGAAAGUAGCGGUAAGGGGCCCGGUGAUGGGAAUAAAAGUGGGGGUGAUAAUGGUGACCAUGUAGCGAAUGGUAGGGAUCGAGAAGGCCCAGGAGCAGCAGGUGAAACUGGUUAUAUGGCGCAGCACGAUUUAAUGGCGCAAAUACCUGCGCUGAGAAAUGAUAUUUGUAUCCCAGACUACUGCUAUACAGAUCCCCCAGCGCCGGAGCCCGGGACACCCUUAUAUGAGAAAAGAUUACGCGAGAAUAUGGCGAGAGAUAAAGACGGGCUGUCCAAAAAGAAACUCAGGAAUACUCUGGGUGACGAGGAGAAAUAUCAGAACCAAGGUGGAAAGUCUACCGAUAAUAGUGAAGCCGAGAGUGAAGCAGACGAUACCCUCUCUGACCCAAUCAUCAAUACAUGGAUAGGCCCUUCGUGGACGAUAUCGCCACUACACCAUGAUCCGUACCACAACAUCCUCGUUCAAGUCGUCGGACAGAAAUAUAUACGGCUAUACUCACCUCAUACACCCGCGUCGCAAAUAUAUCCUCGCGGUAUGGAGGUGGUUAAUCCCGCAUCCUCUUCACCGCAACAGCAGCAACAUGCAGACAAAGAAACGGUCGUUCAGGUUCAGUCGCAGGGGAAACACCAGGAAAUUGACAUGUCUAAUACAUCGCAGGUGGAUCUGGCUGCUAUCGAGAUGUCCCCAGCUGAAUCUGAGACCUGGGAUUCGAUGUGGCCUAGGUUUUCAGAUGCGGAGUAUGUGGAGACGGUUUUGAAAGAAGGAGAGUGUUUGUACAUACCUAUUGGCUGGUGGCAUUAUGUGCGCGGCUUGCGGGCGGGAAUCAGUGUGAGUUUUUGGUGGACGUAG